AUGAGUCGACGACGAGCAGCGAGUGAAGCGGCACACGCGACCAAAGACAUCGCUGCUACCCAUCACGGCACGACCUGGGAGGAUCCCAUCUCGACCAACAUGCUCGUGACGCCUCCGCAGCUUUCUGAUGAUGACAACGACGGUGAAAGCGAUGAUACGCACCGAAGUCAGCAUGAUGUCCACGAGAGCACUUCGGCCGAAACCUCGAUCUGCGCUUGCCAGGAGGAAGACUACCUCGUAGCACUGGAGGACGACGUUCGAAAGCCCUGUGUCGCGGCGAGCGCAUGUCAUCCGAUCAAAGCUGAAAGUGCCAUCAAGCCGUCGGAUCAGGCGAAGGAGAAAGCUCGCGCUUCCGCCGAAGACAUCACUCGUCAGCAGGAAGGGGCGCUUCGUCACUUCAAGGAUGAGCUCGUGCCCGCCGCUGAAACCACUCUGUCCGAUUGUCUCUAG